GUAAAGAGUGCCGGGAUAAUGAUUUCCGAAAAUUAUAUCGGCUUAAUCGCGAAAAUGUGGAGUGGUUAGCGCAUUAUUUUUUGACUGACAGCGGUGAAAAGCGAGGAGGAGCAUUAUCAGCUGUGAAUAAGAUGAAAAUUUUUCUGCGUCAGUUGUCAGACCCUGGCUUUCAAAAUGCCGUUGCUGAAGAGCUUGGUGUUCACCAGACUACGGUUUGUAAAACAUAUACUUCCGUCCUGAACGCCGUUUUGGAGAAGGCCAACAUUUGGAUUAAAUUCCCCAAAAGUGCUAAAGACUUCAUGGAUGCUAAACAACUGUGGUCCGAGAGAUACCUUUGCUGAAUUCGGUGACGAAUAUAUAAACAGGAAAGGAUAUCCUAGCAUCAACAUACAGGCAACUUGCAAUGCCAAAGAAAUAUUUACAAGCGUAGACUGUCAAUGGCCAGGCUCUGUACAUGACAGCAGAAUAUUAAAAAAUUCCAAUAUAUUCAACAUUCUUAAAAACAGCACCGAAGAAUGUGUAUCAUUAGGGGAUGAUGGCUAUUCUAUAUCCCCUUGGAUUACGACUCCCUGGAGAAAUCCAACAACCCGGAAUAGCAAAAUUAUAAUAACUUGUAAUACAUUUUUUCCUCCGAAAAACUACUGUUUGUUAUAAAGUUACCACCACCUUGCUUCUCUUAAUGAUUUCUUCUUGUUGCAUUCGACAUAAUUUCAACUGCUCUAAUAGAACUAAUCGCUUCAACUCAGCAGUUGAUAAUUAUUGGGUUUCUUCAGUUUCUGGUAAAUGUGAUAUCUUAAUUUUCUUUGCAGGAAUAGUAAUUUAUUUUGCACUUGAGGGGGCCAGAGUGUCACUGAUGGCCGAGGUGGAGGAUUCAGCAAGUGUUAUGCUUUCGUUGGCUCCAACAGAGACAGCACCUGAAUGAUUUAUUUUGAUGUUUAAAAAAACCUACGAUACAAUAAAGUUUAAUUUGCUUUACCUGUUUUUUUUUUUGAAGAUGGGACUCUUAUGAACUUCCAACAUUUCUAUUAACAACGCUUCCCAAGAGUUAUAGAUU